AUGAAACAAGUAACAGAACAAGCAGAAGACUUUGUGGAUACGAGGAGCAGUGGUACGGAGAUCAGGGAGUUUGAGGAUCUCCGGAGCGACUCAUCUCAGAUCAGGAUGUUUGACACAUGGGAGGACUACGGGCUGAAGGAGGAUCUACUGAAGGGGAUCUACAGCAUAGGAUUUGAGACGCCUUCCUUUAUUCAGAAGGCGGCGAUCCAGCCGAUAAUAGACGGGAGAGACAUAAGAGCGCAGGCACAGAGUGGUACUGGGAAGACUGGGGCAUUUGCGGUUGCGGCGCUUCAGAUAUGCGAUAUGAGCCAGGACGUGACACAGAUUCUUGUUCUUGCAUCGACCAGGGAGAUUGCAGCACAGAAUGCAGCGAGGUUUGAGGAUCUUGGAUGUUUUAUGGGGGCAAGGGUCGCCCUUCUUUCUGGAGGAAGCCCGAUUGCAGCAGACAAGGUUGCACUUGAAAAGAAGCCGCACAUUGUUGUUGGGACGCCCGGGAGGGUUGAGCACAUGAUCAAUAUAAAUGAAUUGAGCAUGGACAACAUUAAGUUAUUUGUGAUUGAUGAGGCAGACGAGAUGCUGAAGGCCGGAUUCCAGGAGCAGGUGAAGUCUAUAUUCCGAAGGAUCACAAACAAGGACGAGGUGCAGAUAGCAAUGUUCUCUGCAACAUACGACGAGGAGGAGCUCCGUGUCAGUGAGGAGAUUCUUAUCAACCCUGUGAUAAUUGACCUGAGAUACAACGACCAGACCCUGAAGGGAAUAAGACAGUACUUCAUUGAUCUGAGGAAGGAGCCUCCAUUCCGGAAGGGAAGAGAGGACUAUCUGCUUCCAAAGCUUGUGACGCUGUAUGACAUCUUCCGCAAGCAACGCCUGGGGCAAUCGAUUGUGUUUAUCAACAGCAAGGAGGAUGCCAGGAUAGUGUAUGACUGGCUGAUCAGGCACGAGUGGGAGUGUGAGCUUAUAUCUGCAGAACUAACACAGGCGGAGAGGGAGAGGACGCUGAAUAGGUUUCGAGGAGGGACUGGCAGAUGCCUGAUCUCCUCUGGACUGCUUUCAAGGGGAAUCGACAUCCAGAAUCUCUCUGUGGUGUUCUGCCUGGAUGUUCCAUCCUUCGAGAGAAAGAGCACCUAUAUCCACAGGAUAGGACGAUCCGGAAGAUAUGGGAGAAAGGGAAUAGCCAUAAACAUUGUCUAUGAGCAUGAGCUGAAAAACCUGAAGGCGAUCGAGAGGUUCUACAACACCACGAUCAAGGAGCUUCCUGCAGAUUUUAGUUUUCAAUAA